AUGGGAUCGUGUUUUUCGCGAAAAGAAAGUCAAAAGCAAAUCGUGAAAAUAAAAGCGAAGGAAUAUUCUGACGAAAUUGGAUGGUUUGAUCUACCUUAUGAAAUUAGACGAUUGAUCAUUGAUUUGAUGGAUCUACAAACAAGAUCUCAAUUUGCACAAUGUUCCGAAGAUUGUUAUGAAGAAAUAUUUGAAAGUCGGAAUUAUAUAGAUCUAAUUGAAAUAAGUUAUGUAAUAAAAAAUGGAAUUCGAUAUAUUUGUAUUUUGGUUGAAGGAAAAGAUCAAAAAUGGUUGUUUGUGAUAAAAGAAUCAUCUAGAAAUGCUGAAGUUCAAUGGGUUAUGAAUGAUGAAUUGGUUAUGAAGAAAACAUUUGAGAAUCAGAAUCCAAUUCAAGUUCUAUUGAUAUAUUUUGAUGAUUUUGUAAAGAAGAAUAAUAGAAGUUUGAUAAAUAUUCGAAUUUUUAUUGUGAGUUUUUUCAAUUUAUUUUGCACAUAAAUUGUAUUUUUUUCUUUUUCUCUCUUUCAGAACGAUUUUCCUUAUCAUAAAACUAGUAUUCGUAAUUUUAAAAAUCAAAAAUUGGAACAUUUGGUACUUUUCAACAAUAAAUAUGGAAUUGACCCGAUUUUGAGUGGAUUUAUCGAUCUUCAUACAAUUCUUAAUUUUCAAAAAACGAAUUAA